AUGUCAACCCGAAGAACAACUAGAGCUGCCGUAGCCAAAGCUGCCGCCGAAGCUUCAUCAUCACCAGCCAUACCUACGGCUUCAUCCAACAACCCCCUCGUUAUUAGAUCCAAGACCAAGUCCAAGAUCACCGAAUCAUCAGCAUCCCCAAACACCAUCCCCAUCAGAUCAAAGCCCAAAAUAAGCCUUACUUCAUCAGCAUCAACAUCAUCUACCACACAAAUUCUCAGUUUCCCAUCCGCCUCCCAUUUCGACGCCUGGCUCCUCGACGCCGGCACCUCGACACCCUCCGGCAUCUGGCUACGAUUCAGUAAGAGAUCAAUCAUCGCAAAAGUCCCUUCCAUCAGCUACCCCGAUGCCGUCGACACCUCUCUCUGUCACGGCUGGAUCGACGGUCAGCGCAAACGCCUCGACGAACACUUCUACCUGCAGCGCUUUACGCCUCGCCGGUCCCGAAGCCUAUGGUCUCGCCGCAACGUUCAGCGCGUCGAAAUGUUGACGGCCGAGGGCCGGAUGAGGCCUGCAGGCAUCGCUGUUGUAGAUGCCGCAAAGGGGGAUGGGCGCUGGGAUAAGGCUUACUCGGGGCCAGCGACAAUGGAGGUUCCCGAGGAUUUGGAGGCGGCGCUGGCAGAGAACGAAGAGGUAAAGGUGAUUUUCCAGGGGCUGAGCAAGUCGCAAAGGUAUUCGUUCCUGUGGCACAUUCAUGCAGCCAAGAGGAGUGAGACGAGGCAGCGGAGGAUUCGAGAAUUUGUCGAUCUCUUGGCCAGGGGAAAGACGUUUUAG